AUGAAGAAGGUGGGGGACAGGGGAAGUGUAUAUGUAGGAAAGGAAGAUGGUACCUUCUCUGCGCAGAUCAUUCAAGAUCUACACAGACCAAGGGGAAUAACUCUAGAUUCAGAAAUUGGGUACCUGUAUAUAUGUGACUGGGGAAAUGAGCCACAUAUCCUUCGCUGCUUUAUGGAUGGUACUCAUUGUGAUACAUUCAUUCAUGUUCACGGAGGUCAUCCAAAUAUGGUUGUCAUAGCAACACCACUUACCAUGGAAACAGGGUCAGAGAACAGGAAAACUUUGUAUUGGACUGAUUCAAAACUAGAUGUAAUAAGUUAUGUAAACAUGAGGGAUGAUGCUGUCAUUUGGGAAAAGAUACAGUUAAAUCAUUCUCAGAAUACUCAUCCUGUUGGUCUGGUAGUUACAGACAGCACUAUAUAUUUUACUGACUGGAACACACAGUAUGUACAUAACAUGAAGAAGUCUGAUGUUACUGCAGUAAUGGAUAUACAUUUGGACAUGGGAAGUGUGUUUGGGAUGGAUCACAUACAGAAACCUCUCCAGGUUUCACAGACAGCCUGCUCAGUAGAUAAUGGUGGAUGUACACAUUUGUGUCUUGUCAAACCCGAGGGUCAGCAUACAUGCCUGUGUCCAGGCAGUGGAAAAAAUGUAUCCUGCACAGUUAAAGGAAAGAAGUUGCCUCCUCAUUCUGAUCUGAUGGAUAAACUGGACACAAAGAAGAUGAAGCCUGUUUCAAUGGAGACCAAGGACUCGAUACUGCUGGUUGUUCUACCAGUGACUGGUGUUGUCAUCCUUCUGCUUGCAGUCAUUGUCAUUGUGUUCUGUUACCAUAGGCACAAACAACGUAAGCAGAAUUGGAUGUUCAAGUUUGUACAAUACAUGAAGUCCAGACAGUCUGAGGAUGCUGAAGGACUUGUCUCUGACUCCACAAUGUCUGUAGCAGAUCCUAACUUUAAACAGUUUGAUGAUAUUGACUAUCCGGAAGACCAGUAUUGUCUGAGAAGCUAUGGUGGUAGAAAUGAUUACAGAGAAACUUCGAUGAUUUCCAACGACUCGGCAUUCACUGAGAUGAAAGAUUUUGAAACUUACAGCUCCAUUGAUAAUCUCUAAAUUCAUAUUUUGCAGUCUAUGAAUUUCGUAAUGUGUAAUGUACUGUCAGGGUAUUUCUCCACCAUUGUAUUCAGUAAUUCAUUUGCUGUUUGUUCACCAUGUUUUUGAUAUUUAUAUUGAAGAAUUUAUAUUUGAAAGCUAUAUGACAUACUGAUACCUAUUUUUGAUUUGUUUUGUUUAUCCGUUCACAAUAAAGGAAAAUUAUUUAUCAUAAAGAUGUAUAUUUAUUUACAGAUUUUUUUUUUAUAUUUGUUCAUAUUUACAAAUUAUAAGUGAGUAGAUGUACAGAUUAACAUAAGACUUUUGUUUUUUUCUGUAUGCUUCACUCUACAGAGUUUAAAUCUUUAUUACAAGAUUUUUUGUUGAGCCCGCUUGCGGAUGCGAAGACAUAGUUGUCCAAAUGGCUGUUCGGUGUAUGUGCGUGGGUGCGUCCGUCUGGAUUUGUUUGCCCGGACCAUAACUUUGACAUGCAUGGAGCAAUCUUGUUUAUAUUUGGCAUGAAUGUUAACCUCAGUGAGACGGAGUGUCGUGCGCAAACCCAGGUUCCUAUCUCAAAGGUCAAAGUCACACUUACAGGUCAAAGGUCAAAUUCAAAAAUGACUGUCCGGAGCAUUUCUUCUUCAUGCAUGGAAGGAUUUUGAUGUAACUCGGCACAAUUGUUCACCAUCAUGAGAAGGAGUGUCACACGCAAGAACCAGGUCCCUAGGUCUAAGGUCAAGGUCACACUUAGAGGUCAAAGGAUACAAGAAUGACAACUUUGUCGGGAGCAUUUCUUCUUCAUGAAUGGAGGGAUUUUGAUGUAACUUGGCACAAAUGUUCACCACCAUGAGACGGAGUGUCAUGCGCAAGAACCAGGUCCCUAGGGCUAAGGUCAAGGUCACACUUAGAGGUCAAAAGUCAAAUACAAGAAUGACUGUCUGGAGCAUUUUUUUUUUAUGCAUAGAGGGAUUUUGAUGUAAUUUGGCACAAUUGUUCAUCAUCAUAAGAUGGAGUGGAUCCUAGAAUUACUUCCCUUUGUUGUUACUAUAAAUAGCUUAUAUUCGUAACUUUUUUAUUACUGGUCAUAGGGAAAAAUCAAGACCACUUUUCUGUCGUACAACAUGCUUGUUACAUCCAAUUUUCAGGCGAUUUUUGACCUAUCUCUACUGGUGAUGAUUUUUGUGUGGACAUAGAACUUCUUUUAUUUUUUUUUUUAAGAUUUACGUCCCUUUAUUGUUACUUUAAAUAACUUAUAUUGUAACUUUUUGCAAUCU